AUGCCGGCCGGCGGCUACGAAGAGGGCCGGCUCUUCGCCUUCGAGCAAAGCCGGAUCCAGUACAGGAUGGUGCUCUUGGCGGGGCCCAAGCCGAACGACGGCCUCUACGUGGCGAACUUGCAGUCCGCGGCCUCGGAUCCCAUCUGCACCUUUCUGGAUCCGCCCCUGCACCUCCGAGCGGAGCUGCGCUGCGACUCCGACGUCGUGCCGGCUGUGGUGACCCUGAGUUGGAGGCUCCCUAAUAUGGAGUGGCUCCGGCUGGUGGGCACUGAGGGCUCCGGCUUUGACAACUUGCGAACGUCCUCCUGGGCAGCAGGGCUCAUGCCCAGCAAGGUCCAGGUGCGCUGGCGGGUGCUGCAGAGCCUCCCGUCGAACGACGAGGCUCUCUUUCCGGCAGAGCUGGCCUCGGGAAGCUAUGUCACCUCUCCGCCGACCGCGAUGGAGGCAGACUUCCGGAUGGAUGAGACGUGGCAGUGCACCUACAAGGAGGCGCUGCCGGCCGCCAUCGCCGUUUUCGGCGUCCGCUUGGGGACACUUUACAAGUGGUCACCUUGGUCGGAGGACAGCCCUGCUCUGUCAGUGGAGGUGCCGGAGCCUUGCCCCCGGCUCAGUGCGGAGGCCUCGGGCGCUGAGGCCAAGGACUCGGACCCCUAUGUGGAGAUCUCGGACUUGACGGACUCCGAGGCGCAGGCGCUCUGGAGGCCCUUUGCCACCGAGGGUGCCCUGCGCGCUCUGGAGUAUCGCGUGAGCAUCUGCCAGCUGGAGGGCCCGGAGUCGGCGGUCCUCUGGGAGGAUGCAGUCGUGGCAGGAAUCCUCCACGUUCAAGAGCCUCCCGAAAAGGUCGGGUUCCCACUCCGUGGGCUGCGCCCCGACCAAUGGUACCAAGUCCGUGUCGAUGCUCGGUACCCCUGCGUUGGCAAGCGGGCUUUCUCUGACAGCAAGGCAGUCUCUGCGGCCUUUCGGACACCUUUGCCGGUGCGGCCACCGCGGCAGCCGCUGCCGCUCCGCCUGGAUCUCGACGAGGAGGAGCCGCAGCCGGCUCAAGCCGAGGAGGCGGAGGCGGCGGAGGCCUCGGCCACGGCGUUCCUUUGGGCUGCGAGGCCCUGGGUCUCCGUCCACGUGGAGCAUUUUGCCUCCGAGACCUACAAGUUCCAGUUCAAGGAGGCGGUUCUCCAUGGGGGUCGCUCCGACUUCGAGGGCUGGCAGGAGCCGGUGGUCGUGGAGGCAGCGCUUCAGCCGCCGCAGCGCCCCGGCCCUUCGCUUCGCGACCAGGAAUCGGCGAUCGUGCGGAUCGGCUUUCCGAAAGGUGCUCCGGAGCUCGUGGCCUUGCGCCUAGCGGACACCUCGAGCGGUGCGUCUCCUUUGCGCUGGAGUGUGACGAGUCCUCCGCUGGUCACGCGCGUGGCGCCGCCGCUCCUGGCCCGCUGCUUCGAGGGCGGCGGCGCGCUGCAGCUGCUGCCCACGGAUGGCGGCGGCUUGCAGCUCUGCCUGCGCUUCUUCCUGCAGCCUCGAGACGAAGAGGCAGCCUCUGUGACGCUUCUCCUCUCUGACCGCUUUUCCUCUCCUCCGUCUCUUCUCCGCCUCUUCGCUGCGAGCCGUGAGGUCUCUCGCAAAGCACUCCCGGGCCACCGCCACGUGUCACAGUGCCAGCUGCGGCUCCGGGUGAAGGGCGAGAGCAAGGCGCAAAUUUGA